GAACUAUUUUUGUUGCUUUAUAGAUCGGAAAAUCGAGUAACUAGCCGUCGAUCGUCAACACAUCUCAGCUCAACUUUGGACCUUCAAAAGCUAUUGCGAAAGAUUUGACUAUCAUAUCAAACCAUGUUCGGGUCCACGAAUGCUUUCGGGCAGUCAUCUACUAGCCCAUUUGGGUCGCAAUCAGGGUUCGGGCAGACAAGUAAUAACCCGUUUGCUCCCAAACCUUUUGGCAGUACAAAUCCUUUUGGUUCGCAAUCAGGUGGUUCCUUUUUUGGUAACACUUCCACUGGAGUGUUUGGAACCCCGCAAUCUUCUUCACCUCUGGGGUCCACACCAGCUUUUGGUGCAUCAUCCUCACCUGCAUUUGGAAGCACUACACCUGCAUUUGGAAGCACUACACCUGCAUUUGGAGCUUCUUCAACUCCUACUUUUGGCAGUUCGUCUUCAGCAUUUGGGGGUUCAUCUAUAUUCGGGCAAAAGCCAGCUUUUGGUGGCUUUGGGUCAGGCAGUGCCCAAACAAGUCCAUUCGGCAGCUCGUUUCAACAAUCACAGCCGGCAUCACAGCCGGCAUUUGGGAGUGGUCUAUUCGGUUCAUCUACACCUUUUGCUACAUCAAGUCAACCUGCAUUUGGUACUCCGAGUACCCCGGCAUUUGGUUCAUCCAGCACCCCUGCUUUUGGUGCCACGAGUACACCAGCAUUUGGUACAUCAAGUACUCCAGCCUUUGGUUCUACACCUAACCCGACCUUUGGCAGUACAAGUAGCCCAUUUGGUGUUUCAAGUGCUCCUUUUGGAUCCAGCACCCCGGCCUUUGGUGCCACCAGCACCCCGGCCUUUGGUACCACCACUGCUCCUGCUUUUGGCGCCACGUCAACUCCUGCUUUUGGUGCUCCUAGUGCGUCUUCAUUUAGUUUUGGAUCCUCUCCUGCAUUUGGCCAAUCAACAUCGGCUUUUGGCAGUAGCCCAUUUGGCACAACAACAUCAACUUUUGGUGCUCAAAGCUCUGCAUUUGGAGCCCAAACUUCUCCAGCAACUUUUGGAAAUCCUGGUUUUGGACAGACUGCUGUUGGUGGUCAACGGGGUGGAACUAGAGUUGCUGCAUACCAGGCAACACCUGAAGCAGAUGGUGGCAGUGGUACCCAGCCUGGUGGGAAACUAGAGUCUAUUUCAGCCAUGCCAGUUUACAAAGACAAGAGCCAUGAAGAACUUAGGUGGGAGGAUUACCAGUUGGGAGACAAGGGAGGUCCUGCUCCUACGGGUCAGUCAACUAGUGGAAUUAAUUUUGGAAGCUCAGCCUUUGCAUCAUCAUCAACUUCCCCAUUUGGCCAGUCCUCUGCAAAUCCAUUUUCGUCCUCCACAUCUUCCAACCCUUUUGCCCCCAAACCAUCCCCAUUCAGUUCUCCAGGUUUUGGAGUCUCAAGUACUCCAGCUUUUAAUUCUUCUGCCUUUCCAAGCUCAAAUGCAUCUAAUCCUUUUGGCUCUACAUCCUCGACUUCCCCUUCCUUAUUUGGAUCAACUCCAGCUUUUGCCCCAAGUGCAAAUCCCACCCUCUUUGGAUCAUCUAGUGCUUCGGGUUUUGGAUCAUCAGCAUCAAUUUUUGGCUCCUCUUCAGCUCAGGCUACUGCUCCAGCAUUUGCUCCUAGCUUAAGCUUUGGUAACACCCAAUCCUCUUCGUUAUUCCAAUCAACUACCCCUUCAUUCGGACAGACGAGCUCGGCCUUUGGACAGACUGCAUCAUCUUUUCCCCAGAGUACACCGGCUUUUGGUCAAUCCAAUUUGUUCAGUACGCCUUCUACUGGCUUUGGUGGUAACUUGUUUUCAAGUGCACCAUUGCUAAAUACAAGCAAUACGACGGGAUUUGGCCAAACAACGCCCUCUCUUUCGACUCCUUUUCAACUCACUCAGCCUUCUCAGAGUGCUCCUGCUUUUGGGUUCAGUAACUUUGGUUCGACACAAGGAGCUGGUGCAAAUGGUUUUGGUGGCACACCUGGCCUUUUUAAUCAGCCGCCAGCUAUCCAGAGCUCAGUUGUCGCACAACCCGCAGUUGUUACUAAUCCAUUUGGAACUUUACCAGCGAUGCCUCAGAUGUCAAUUGGUCGUACUGGCACUUCUUCGUCUAUACAGUACGGGAUUUCUAGUUUACCAGUGGUUGACAAACCUGUUCCUGUCAGGAUAUCAUCAUUACUGACUUCUCGACACCUUUCUCAAAGACGGGUUCGGUUGCCGGCAAGGAAAUAUCAUCCUAAAACUGAGGGCACUAAGGUACCGUUCUUUAGUGACGAUGAGGAAACGCCAAGCACGCCUAAGGCAGAUGCAUUGUUUGUUCCGAGAGAGAAUCCAAGAGCUUUAGUAAUUCGUCCAUUGGACCAGUGGCCUUCUAGAGGUGGUUUGGAGAAAGUAACCCCAUCAAAGCACACGUCUUCCCCAGCGCAUGAGGAUGGUAAAAUCGCUGAAGUUUUUUGUGCUCCAGUUAAUGAGACCAGUGCAAAAGAUAAAGGCAAAGAUUUGGUUGAGAAUGGCCUUGAUAAAGAGGGUCUCCAUAAUGCCAAACUGAACCAGAAACCUAAUGGCGUCCACGAAGGGCAGCACCUCCAAAAAGGAGGGUCUUCCAUUACCCUUAAUGGUCAUCGAGCUGGUGAGGCAGCAAUUGUUUACGAACAUGGGGCUGACAUUGAGGCUCUGAUGCCAAAGCUCCGCCAUUCCGAUUAUUACACAGAGCCACGGAUUCAGGAAUUGGCAGCGAAAGAAAGGGCUGAACCUGGGUUCUGUUGCCGUGUGAAGGAUUUUGUGGUUGGAAGACAUGGCUAUGGUAGCAUCAAGUUCAUGGGGGAAACAGAUGUUCGCCGGCUUGAUCUAGAGUCUUUGAUUCAGUUUAACAAUCGGGAGGUGAUAGUCUAUAUGGAUGAAAGUAAGAAACCUCCUGUUGGCCAAGGUCUUAACAAGCCCGCGGAGGUGACACUUCUCAACAUAAAAUGUUCUGAUAAGAAGACUGGACAACACUAUACAGAGGGUCCUAGAAUCGAGAAAUAUAAGGAUAUGCUUAAGAGGAAGGCAGGAGAUCAAGGUGCUGAAUUUGUGUCAUAUGAUCCAGUUAAAGGAGAAUGGAAGUUCAGGGUGCAGCAUUUCAGCAAAUAUAUGCUUCAAGAGGACAAUGAAGAUGAAUGUGGUGAAUAUCGUUCCCUUUGGCUAUUUUGUUGAGAAAGUUAGAUAGCUUAAUUUUCUGGUGCACCUCCUUUGUGUAAAGAACCCGCUAGCACAUUUGUGGAAUAUGGAUUGUGCACUUCCUUUUUUCUGCUUUUGUUGUGGAUUGCUGCAUUUUUCAUUGUAUUUGUUUGCUGUUAUUGGUUUUUUUACUGUCAUCACAUCUGUUGUUGCACCAAGUGCAGUAUUUGUCAUUUCUCUUAUUUUGUUAGAUCGGAGGUUUUGGAA